GGAUACGUAGUCUGCACGUAAAUGAAUAACAAGAUGAGAAUCACAACCCUGAAAUAACAUUUAUGUUUCUGCGUGCGCGGUGGCGCCUGUCUAUAGGGACCAAACGUCGACUAGGGAAUCUAAUUAUCGCCUCGAGGACUUCACCUGAAAUAUAGACUUCUCGGUGGAGAUUUCGCGAUUUUAAUAAACAACAUACGCGCGACGCUGAAUGCUACGCGGUGAACAGCCAGAUGCGCGCCUCGCCUGCCAGUCUGUCAUCAUAGGCAACGACAUAUGACAUUUGCAUCACAGGAAAGAUGAACUAGCUAAACUUGCUUGCUUUUGUGGGGAAAAAAUGCCAUUGUGUUUGGUUAUUGAAAUAUGAGCCAAACGCUCUGCAGAACUAUUAGUCGUUAUUUUGUAGCCGCAUGAAAAGCCUUUCAAUUUAACAUAAAUUAUCCAACAUCCAUCUUUCAAUAAAUAAUCUUAGCCUACCCGUUGACAUCGCUGAGGAAGUUCGCCUCAGCUGUGGGGCACCAUCAAUCUAUGAAUAUUCGCACACAAUAAUUUGGAAUCUUUAGUUCAUUCAUGACUAGACUACUUGAAUGUUCUUGAGUGCGUAGAAGUCCUCUGUAGGCUACCAGCGACAGACAUUUCGACAUAGGCUACUGACAGAGGAGACAGAACGACUGCUAUAUUCUACGUGGCAUGAGUCGGUAAAGGAACCUUUGAUAUUUGUUUUUUGGUUCCAGGUUUGAUAUAUCUGCAUUGAGAGUCAACAAUUGUGGAUAGCCUAUAAUGGAAUUUCUUAACCACCGACAUUAGAACCGCAUCGGUCCUUCAACACAAGAAGGACCAAGAAAUGACAAACGACGGAUAACCACACGAGAAGGAGACAGUGAAAAGAGGGGGAAGGAAGAAUGAAUGAGAUAUACUGAGGAACGAAGGAAGGAGAUUGGAGGAAUCAAGGUCUUAGUGGGAGGAGCUCUCUCCAUGACCCUGUGCCUGCUGACCACACCCAGAUUCCCCCUAACCCCGCCCUCCAACAUGGCGUUGUCACUCUGGCUGCUGUGUACCUGUGCUGUCACCUCCCUACUCAUCGCCCCCUCUGCUCAAGCUCUGAGUCGGUCAGCGAUGCCCUUUGGCCUGAUGCGUAGAGAGCUGGCGUGCGAGGGAUACCCCAUCGAGCUGCGCUGCCCUGGCAGUGAUGUCAUCAUGAUUGAGACGGCCAACUACGGCCGCACGGACGACAAGAUCUGUGACGCUGACCCCUUCCAAAUGGAGAACGUGCAGUGUUACCUGCCUGACGCCUUCAAGAUCAUGUCACAGAGAUGUAAUAACCGUACCCAGUGUGUGGUGGUGGCAGGGUCCGAUGUGUUCCCAGACCCCUGCCCAGGGACCUACAAGUACCUGGAGAUACAGUACGAGUGUGUCCCCUACAAAGUGGAUCAAAAAGUCUUUGUGUGUCCAGGCACACUGCUGCGUGUACAGGCGGCCAGCUCGCUGCAAGAGGCAGAGCAUCAGUCGGGGGCGUGGUGUAAGGACCCUCUGCAGUCAGGUGACCGGCUCUAUGUCAUGCCUUGGACUCCCUACCGCACCGACAUGCUGUAUGAGUACGCCUCCUGGGAGGACUUCAGACAGAACCGCGCCACCACCACCUACAAGUUGCCGAACCGUGUUGAUGGCACAGGCUUUGUGGUAUACGACGGCGCCGUGUUCUACAAUAAGGAGCGCACACGCAACAUGGUCAAGUAUGACCUGCGCACACGCAUCAAGAGCGGCGAGGCCAUUAUCGCCAACGCCAACUACCACGACACAUCACCUUACCGCUGGGGUGGGAAGAGCGAUAUCGACCUGGCAGUGGACGAGAAUGGGCUGUGGGUCAUCUACGCCACAGAGUCCAACAACGGACGACUGGUGGUCAGCCAGGUGAACCCGUACACCCUGCGCUUCGAGGGCACCUGGGAGACUAGUUUCGACAAGAGGCUGGCGUCCAACGCCUUCAUGGCGUGCGGCGUGCUCUACGCCGUGCGCAGUGUCUAUCAGGACGACGACAGCGAGGCCGGCGGGGAUCUGAUCCUUUACGCCUACAACACGAACCGUGCCCGGGAGGAGCCCGUCCACAUCCCCUUCCCUAACCCCUACCAGUACGUCUCCUCUGUGGACUAUAACCCCAGAGACAACCAGCUCUACAUCUGGAACAACUAUAAUGUUCUGAGAUACCCGCUGGAGUUCGGACCACCGGACCCCACCACUGGCCCUCUGACGACUUCUCAGGUGACCAGCACCACUCCAGCCCGACCUUUCACCUCCAGUUCUAGCCCUGCUACCACCCGCCCCCUGGCCCCCACCUCUCACCCCAUUGGCGCCAUCAACAAGGGCCCUGACCUGCGGCCAAUCACAGCCACCGUACCAGUCACCAGGCGGCCUCCCCGCCCACCCGUCCAGGGCCCGGAGCCCCAGGUGUGUGAGUCCAGAGUGGCCAGAGGGGUGCAGUGGCCCUCCAACCAGAGAGGAGAGACUGUGGACCGCCCCUGUCCUAAAGGAUCACUAGGCAUCGCCUCGUUCCAGUGCUUGGCGGCUCCGGUCAUGUGGAACCCUCGGGGCCCUGACCUCAGUAACUGCACCUCUCCCUGGGUCAACCAGGUAGCCCAGAAGAUAAAGAGCGGUGAGAAUGCUGCCAACAUUGCUGGGGAGUUGGUGAACCACACACGGGGGCGGAUCCACGCUGGUGAUGUCAGCUCGUCAGUGCGUCUGAUGGAACAGCUGCUGGACAUACUGGAUGCCCAGCUUCAGGCCCUGCGGCCCGGCAACAAGGAGUCAGCCGCACGCAACUACAACAAGCUCCAGAAGAGAGAGAGGACCUGUCGGGCUUACAUCCAGGCGGUAGUGCAGACAGUGGACAACCUGCUGCGUACAGAGGCUCUGGAGUCGUGGCAGGACAUGAACACUACGGAGCAGGCCCACACCGCCACCAUGCUAUUGGACGUCCUGGAGAAAGGAGCCUUCCUAUUGGCCAACAACAUGUACGGCAACCGCUUCACCGACCGGGCCCCCAAUAUCGAUCUGGAGGUGCACGUGUUGAACACAGAGAUGGACCUUCAGGACCUGUCCUUUCCUCAGAACUACGUGAGCGACAGCACCAUCCAGCUCUCCGCCUCCACCAUCAAACAGUACAGCCGCAAUGGCCAAGUCAAGGUAGUGUUUGUUCUUUAUAAGAACUUGGGCUCCUUCCUGUCUACGGAGAACGCCACGGUGAAGAUGGAGCUGGAGGCGGCACCGGGGGAGCGGGGAUUGGCAGUCAACUCCCACGUCAUCGCCGCCUCCAUCAAUAAAGAGUCCAGCAGAGUGUUCCUCACUGAGCCGGUGGUAUUCACACUCAAACACUUACAGUUGGAGAACCACUACAGUCCCAACUGUUCGUUCUGGAAUUACUCUGAGAGGUCGAUGACAGGCCAGUGGUCGUCUCAGGGCUGUAGACUGCUGGACACCAACAGCACACACACCACCUGCUCCUGUUCCCACCUCACCAACUUUGCUGUGCUUAUGGCCCACCACCAGCCUGAUUACCCUGGGAGGAUGCAUGAGUUGAUCCUGUUUGUGAUCACCUGGGUGGGCAUAGUGAUCAGCUUGGUGUGCCUGGCUAUCUGCAUCUCUACCUUUUGCUUCCUGAGGGGCCUGCAGACCGACCGCAACACCAUCCACAAGAACCUCUGCAUCAACCUCUUCAUCGCAGAGCUCCUCUUCCUUAUUGGAAUCGACAAGACCCAGUACCACAUUGCCUGUCCGAUCUUUGCUGGGCUGCUUCACUUCUUCUUCCUGGCUGCAUUCUCCUGGAUGUGUCUGGAGGGGGUGCAGCUCUAUCUGUUGCUGGUGGAGGUGUUUGAGAGCGAGUACUCCCGCAAGAAGUACUACUACUUGUGUGGCUACUGCUUCCCAGCUCUGGUGGUGGGCAUCUCGGCAGCCAUAGACUACCGGAGCUAUGGGACCAAGAAAGCGUGCUGGUUGCGGGUGGAUAACUACUUCAUCUGGAGCUUCAUUGGCCCUGUUUCUUUUGUUAUUAUGCUGAACCUGGUGUUCCUCAUGAUCACCGUGCACAAGAUGACCCGCAACUCCUCUGCCCUAAAACCUGACUCCAGUCGCCUCGACAACAUCAAGUCAUGGGCUAUUGGGGCCAUCGCCCUGCUCUUCUUGCUAGGUCUGACCUGGUCCUUCGGCCUCCUCUUCAUCAAUGAGAACACGGUCAUCAUGGCUUACCUCUUCACCACCUUCAACGCCUUCCAGGGCAUGUUCAUCUUCAUCUUCCACUGCGCUCUGCAGAAAAAGGUGCAUAAGGAGUACAGUAAGUGUCUGCGUCACUCGUACUGCUGCAGCCGUACCUCCACCACCAGCUCCCACGGCUCCCUGAAGAACUCUGCCCUGCGUGCCAACAACCGCUACUACACUGGCAACCAGGCCCGCCACGCUGCCGCACACAGACAGAGUCGGAUCCGCAGGAUGUGGAACGACACGGUUCGGAAGCAGACGGAAUCUUCCUUCAUGGCGGGAGACAUCAACAGUACUCCUUCACUCAACCGUGCCACCAUGGGAAACCACCUCCUGACCAACCCAGUGUUACAGACCCGUACCGGCACCUCUCCCUACAACACCCUACUAGCUGAGAGCUUCACCCCCCCUUCUCCUGGGGUCUUCAACUCAACCGGAACCUUCCGUGACCCAAAGAACAUUCUGUGUAAGGCCCGUGAACCAUGUGGUAUGGACACCCUGCCCCUCAAUGGUAACUUCAACAACAGCUACUCCCUCCGCAGCGUGGGGCCAGUGGGCGGUGGCGGGGGCAGCUGUGACUUCCUGGGCGGGGGCAUGGGGUGUGCAGACACCCCCCCUCCCCUCCUCAACCCCCGCGGGUCUGAAACCCUGGGCGGGGACGGAAUACGGCGCAACCUGUCUGACGCAGCUGCCUUCGAGAAGAUGAUCAUCUCUGAGCUGGUGCACAACAACCUGCGUGGGGCAGGAGCUGGGGGCGGGGAUAGGGUCUGUGGUAGUCUGGCGAGGGGCCCUCCUCACGGCGGAGUAGGCCGAGGCACAGGAGUAGCUGUGCCAGAGCCGAGCAUCAGCCUGGACGACGACGAGGACUUCCUGUCCAGAGAAGGCGGGUGCCAGAGGACGCCGCAGGACGUGGAGCUGCUCUACAAAGCCCUGGAGGAGCCGCUGCUACUGCAGAGAGCACAGUCUGUCCUUUACCAGUCUGACCCCGAGGAGUCAGAGAGCUACACGGCCGACCUCACAGAGAGCCUGGGCCACAGCGGCCACAGUGGGCACAGCGCCGGAGGCCAGGGUUCUGGGGGACAGGGCCCUGACUCUCCCGCCAGGGACUCCCUGUACACCAGCAUCACCAACCUGCGAGACUCGCCCUACCCGGACAGUAGCCCCGAGCCCCUGGAGGUGGUUCCCCGCUCGGCCCAGCCCCCUGAGGAGCUCUAUUACAGCUCUGGGAGGCCCGCCCUGGGGUCUCGAGGAGCACCCAUGCAGACCUUCUACCAGGCCCCGCCCCCCAGGAGGCCCAGUAGGGAGGGGGAGGGGCACCUCAGCCAGGAGCCCACCCACAGCGAGGGAGACGGACAGAUGCAGCUGGUCACCAGCCUGUGACUGGAACCGCGAGGAUGCGGACGAGGACCAAGAUGAUGAGGAUGAGGAGGAAGGCUGGCUGGUUGCCUCCUCAGAACCCGCCUCUCUCUCUUUCUCUCGCUCCUCUCCACUUCCUGCUUGAUUGGUUGCCUUUUUUCCCCUCUUUAUUUGUAUUGAAAGAUGAGCGAGCAAAUGUACAUUUAAGGAGAGUUUAGCUGUCUCCACGGCAACAGUCUUAUCCUAGAGAACCUCCGCUGUCUGGUGGAGAUGAGUGAUGGCUGAGUUGUUCUUCUCUGGAACAUUCACCCGCUCUCUCCUCUCUCUUCAACAUCCCCCUUUCUCUUGGCACGCAGCAGACAGAUGCCAGGUCCAGCACUCUGAAUGUACCAAUCCAACAAACCCCUUAUACCUUACUCCUACAGAGCUACAGAUAUUUCUCAACUUAACUUUGUUCAAAGUACAUUUUUAUUUAAUUUCACUGAAUUUCUACAAACAUUCCUCUCGAGAAAUUGGUCUCAUUUUCUAGUUCCCUUUUCUCUUUCCCUUUUUCAUGUUCCAUUUCUCUUUUUGUUCACUCAUCAUUUGCUCGGCGUAGUUUGCUGUGGAGACAGGGGAUAUACUGUAGUAGCCUAUUAUACCAUAGGAAAGAAAUCUCUGAAAGCUACUUCAGUGUUGCCAAAAAUACAUUUUCCCAGCCAGAACAGAAACUGGAGCAUUCGCACACACACAGACAUACACACACAGACAUACACACACAUACACACACACACACACACACACACCCACUCACUCACAGAAGUGCUUGUUUCUGAACAUCAGACACAACCCUCCAUCUGAGUAAAAAGAAGCCAGAACAAUUGUUCAGACAAAGGCAGUUGGAGCUGUCUAAGAGUAGUUGCCUUUAUUUUAUCUUGCUAUGAACUGACUCUUAUGUACAGAACUAGAGGAGAGACUUAGGAAGUACACCACAGGACAGGAAGGCUGUUUGAGGGGUCAAGGGUCAGGGGUCAAGAGGUAGAUCUUUAGGACUCGAGGAACGGACAAGGACUUUUUUUAAUUUGGGCUCUUUAGUUAUUUUCUUCAGACAUUUGAAAAGUAAAAGACUGCUUUACUAACUUUGAAGAAGAAUAUGUUAUCUUGGUGACUUUCUGUUGCAUCACCCGGAGGGUUGUAAGGGACAGAUUGUGCACCCUUUAAGAAUGGAUGUCCUCUUCAAUGGAUGUGUCCCCGUCACCAAUGUGUGGUUGUGACAGAAUGGACUCUUAAUGUUGGAACCACUUCAGCCGUUACGCAAGUCUAACCCUGUACAUAUGAACCACACAAACUACAGUACUUACUCUACUCCUACCGUGUAAAUACAGAAACCGGAUGAAGAAAAGCAACAAAAAAGUAAGAAAUAUUAAAAACGGACUUCUUGUACUGCAACAAAAGAAAAAAAGAAAAUGUUUUGGAGUUUGUGAUCUGAAUGAUGCACUCUAUCUCUCUGCCCGUCGUUAUCUUGCUCUCUCACUGUCGUUCUCUUGACUCAUAACUAGUGCUGUGCCAUUCAGUGAAAAUCUCUCAAACAGAAAAACAGAGAGAGAGAAAGAGUAUGAUGGGUGGUAGAUUUUGCAUACAAAUAAAAACGUUUUUUUUUAAAAGUCCUGGCACAAUUUUAUGUAAUAUAAUCCAUUACAUGUUGUUAAUGUUUGACCUUUGACAUUCCCAGACAGGAAGUGCUGUGUGGGCGGGUGGAGGGGGGAUAGAUGUCAUAAUAACAUGUCAUACUGUGCCUCAUCACGGGCGUUCCAAUGCAUUGUGGUACAAGGGCAGCAGCCAUAAUGUGAUUUUGGUCAGUAAUGUAUUGUUUGAAAGGUUAUAUCCUAGAUACAACUAAAUGAUAUCAUUUUAAUAUGAUGGGUUUUAGCAUGUCAGAUAACAUUUGUUUUCUAUCAAAACGUCUAUCAUUUUGCUGUUUCUAACAGAUAGUUUCAGCAUUAUUCCAGAGCCUAAUGUGACAGUGUGUGUGUGUGUGUGUGUGUGUGUGUGUGUGUGUGUGUGUGUGUGUGUGUGUGUGUGUGUGUGUGUGUGUGUGUGUGUGUGUGUGUGUGUGUGUGUGUGUGAGAGAGAGAGAGCAUGUGUGCGAGUUUGUGUGUAUGCGUACAUGUGCAGGAGAGUGUGUAUGUACAUGUGGGUGUGCGAUAUGCUCAAGCAUAUGUACCAUAUUCGUGGGAAUUUUGUAAGUGUGUACAUUCAAAAAGCUAUUUUUGUUGGGUGAAUUGAAUGCACAUCAGAGGAAGGGGACAGUAAUUCUAAAUCUAGGAGAAAGCCUUUUAUUCUAUUAGCUUCCAUCUCAAAGACAAGGGUAGCCAGAUGCUUCUGUGUGGCUGUUCCUGAGGUUCAGGUACCAACGUAAAACUGGGACACUUCAGGCUGCCUCACAGGAUCUUGAGCAAAGAACAAAAGACAGGGUUUGUCCGAAAUGGCACCCUAUUUCAUAUGUAGUGCAGUUCUGACCAGGGCAGCCUAUAGAUUGGACUACUAUUGACCAGAGCCCUAUGUAGUGAACUACUAUUGACCAGAGCCCUAUGUAGUGAACUACUAUUGACCAGAGCCCUAUGUAGUGAACUACUUUUGACCAGAGCCCUAUGUAGUGAACUACUAUUGACCAGAGCCCUAUGUAGUGAACUACUAUUGACCAGAGCCCUAUGUAGUGAACUACUAUUGACCAGAGCCCUAUGUAGUGAACUACUAUUGACCAGAGCCCUAUGUAGUGAACUACUAUUGACCAGAGCCCUAUGUAGUGAACUACUAUUGACCAGAGCCCUAUGUAGUGAACUACUAUUGACCAGAGCCCUAUGGAUUGGACUACUAUUGACCAGAGCCCUAUGUAGUGAACUACUAUUGACCAGAGCCCUAUGUAGUGAACUACUAUUGACCAGAGCCCUAUGUAGUGAACUACUAUUGACCAGAGCCCUAUGGAUUGGACUACUAUUGAUCAGAGCCCUAUGUAGUGGACUACUAUUGACCAGAGCCCUAUGGAUUGGACUACUAUUGACCAGAGCCCUAUGGAUUGGACUACUAUUGAUCAGAGCCCUAUGUAGUGGACUACUAUUGACCAGAGCCCUAUGUAGUGGACUACUAUUGACCAGAGCCCUAUGUAGUGGACUACUAUUGACCAGAGCCCUAUGGAUUGGACUACUAUUGACCAGAGCCCUAUGUAGUGAACUACUAUUGACCAGAGCCCUAUGUAGUGAACUACUAUUGACCAGAGCCCUAUGUAGUGAACUACUAUUGACCAGAGCCCUAUGUAGUGAACUACUAUUGACCAGAGCCCUAUGUAGUGAACUACUAUUGACCAGAGCCCUAUGUAGUGAACUACUAUUGACCAGAGCCCUAUGUAGUGAACUACUAUUGACCAGAGCCCUAUGUAGUGAACUACUAUUGACCAGAGCCCUAUGGAUUGGACUACUAUUGACCAGAGCCCUAUGUAGUGAACUACUAUUGACCAGAGCCCUAUGGAUUGGACUACUAUUGAUCAGAGCCCUAUGUAGUGGACUACUAUUGACCAGAGCCCUAUGUAGUGAACUACUAUUGACCAGAGCCCUAUGUAGUGAACUACUAUUGACCAGAGCCCUAUGUAGUGAACUACUAUUGACCAGAGCCCUAUGCGAACAAAGACAGAACUUGGAUCAAAGAUGCAUGCUGUGUUCAAAAUGAAACCAUAAUGCAGGGAAUAGGGUGCCAUUUCAGACACAGACAGUACAGUCAGAAUGACAGGCAGUUGACCAUUGCGACCAUCCAGUCAGAAUGACAGGCAGUUGACCAUUGCGACCAUCCAGUCAGAAUGACAGGCAGAGUUGACCAAUGAGACCAUCCAGUCAGAAUGACAGGCAGAGUUGACCGAUGGGACCAUCCAGUCAGAAUGACAGGUAGAGUUGACCGAUGGGACCAUCCAGUCAGAAUGACAGGCAGAGUUGACCGAUGGGACCAUUCAGUCAGAAUGACAGGCAGAGUUGACCGUUGAGACCAUCCAGUCAGAAUGACAGGCAGAGUUGACCAAUGAGACCAUCUAGUCAGAAUGACAGGCAGUUGACCAUUGGAACCAUCCAGUCAGAAUGACAGGCAGUUGACCGAUGGGACCAUCCAGUCAGAAUGACAGGCAGAGUUGACCAAUGAGACCAUCCAGUCAGAAUGACAGGCAGUUGACCGUUGGGACCAUCCAGUCAGAAUGACAGGCAGUUGACCAUUGGGACCAUCCAGUCAGAAUGACAGGCAGUUGACCGAUGGGACCAUCCAGUCAGAAUGACAGGCAGAGUUGACCGAUGGGACCAUCCAGUCAGAAUGACAGGCAGAGUUGACCGAUGAGACCAUCCAGUCAGAAUGACAGGCAGUUGACCGAUGAGACCAUCCAGUCAGAAUGACAGGCAGAGUUGACCAAUGAGACCAUCCAGUCAGAAUGACAGGCAGUUGACCGAUGAGACCAUCCAGUCAGAAUGACAGGCAGAGUUGACCAAUGAGACCAUCCAGUCAGAAUGACAGGCAGUUGACCGAUGGGACCAUCCAGUCAGAAUGACAGGCAGUUGACCAAUGGGACCAUCCAGUCAGAAUGACAGGCAGUUGACCGAUGGGACCAUCCAGUCAGAAUGACAGGCAGUUGACCGAUGGGACCAUCCAGUCAGAAUGACAGGCAGUUGACCGAUGGGACCAUCCAGUCAGAAUGACAGGCAGUUGACUGAUGGGACCAUCCAGUCAGAAUGACAGGCAGUUGACUGAUGGGACCAUCCAGUCAGAAUGAUAGGCAGAGUUGACCGAUGGGACCAUCCAGUCAGAAUGACAGGCAGAGUUGACCGAUGGGACCAUCCAGUCAGAAUGACAGGCAGAGUUGACCGAUGAGACCAUCCAGUCAGAAUGACAGGCAGUUGACCGUUGGGACCAUCCAGUCAGAAUGACAGGCAGUUGACCAUUGGGACCAUCCAGUCAGAAUGACAGGCAGUUGACCGAUGGGACCAUCCAGUCAGAAUGACAGGCAGAGUUGACCGAUGGGACCAUCCAGUCAGAAUGACAGGCAGAGUUGACCGAUGAGACCAUCCAGUCAGAAUGACGGGCAGAGUUGACCAAUGAGACCAUCUAGUCAGAAUGACAGGCAGUUGACCGAUGGGACCAUCCAGUCAGAAUGACAGGCAGUUGACCGAUGGGACCAUCCAGUCAGAAUGACAGGAAGUUGACUGAUGGGACCAGAAUGUCAGAAUGACAGGCAGAGUUGACCAAUGAGACCAUCCAGUCAGAAUGACAGGCAGUUGACCGAUGGGACCAUCCAGUCAGAAUGACAGGAAGUUGACUGAUGGGACCAUCCAGUCAGAAUGACAGGCAGAGUUGACCAAUGAGACCAUCCAGUCAGAAUGACAGGCAGUUGACCGAUGAGACCAUCCAGUCAGAAUGACAGGCAGAGUUGACCAAUGAGACCAUCCAGUCAGAAUGACAGGCAGUUGACCGAUGGGACCAUCCAGUCAGAAUGACAGACAGUUGACCGAUGGGACCAUCCAGUCAGAAUGACAGGCAGUUGACCGAUGGGACCAUCCAGUCAGAAUGACAGGCAGUUGACCGAUGGGACCAUCCAGUCAGAAUGACAGGCAGUUGACCGAUGGGACCAUCCAGUCAGAAUGACAGGCAGUUGACUGAUGGGACCAUCCAGUCAGAAUGACAGGCAGUUGACUGAUGGGACCAUCCAGUCAGAAUGACAGGCAGUUGACUGAUGGGACCAUCCAGUCAGAAUGAUAGGCAGAGUUGACCGAUGGGACCAUCCAGUCAGAAUGACAGGCAGAGUUGACCGAUGGGACCAUCCAGUCAGAAUGACAGGCAGAGUUGACCGAUGAGACCAUCCAGUCAGAAUGACGGGCAGAGUUGACCAAUGAGACCAUCUAGUCAGAAUGACAGGCAGUUGACCGAUGGGACCAUCCAGUCAGAAUGACAGGCAGUUGACCGAUGGGACCAUCCAGUCAGAAUGACAGGCAGUUGACUGAUGGGACCAGAAUGUCAGAAUGACAGGCAGUUGACUGAUGGGACCAUCCAGUCAGAAUGACAGGCAGAGUUGACCAAUGAGACCAUCCAGUCAGAAUGACAGGCAGUUGACCGAUGAGACCAUCCAGUCAGAAUGACAGGCAGAGUUGACCAAUGAGACCAUCCAGUCAGAAUGACAGGCAGUUGACCGAUGGGACCAUCCAGUCAGAAUGACAGGCAGUUGACAGAUGGGACCAUCCAGUCAGAAUGACAGGCAGUUGACCGAUGGGACCAUCCAGUCAGAAUGACAGGCAGUUGACCGAUGGGACCAUCCAGUCAGAAUGACAGGCAGUUGACCGAUGGGACCAUCCAGUCAGAAUGACAGGCAGUUGACUGAUGGGACCAUCCAGUCAGAAUGACAGGCAGUUGACUGAUGGGACCAUCCAGUCAGAAUGACAGGCAGUUGACUGAUGGGACCAUCCAGUCAGAAUGACAGGCAGUUGACUGAUGGGACCAUCCAGUCAGAAUGACAGGCAGUUGUCCGAUGGGACCAUCCAGUCAGAAUGACAGGCAGUUGACCGUUGGGACCAUCCAGUCAGAAUGACAGGCAGUUGACCGAUGGGACCAUCCAGUCAGAAUGACAGGCAGUUGACCGAUGGGACCAUCCAGUCAGAAUGACAGGCAGUUGACUAUUGGGACCAUCCAGUCAGAAUGACAGGCAGUUGACUGAUGGGACCCUCCAGUCGGAAUGACAGGCAGUUGUCCGAUGGGACCAUCCAGUCAGAAUGACAGGCAGUUGACCGUUGGGACCAUCCAGUCAGAAUGACAGGCAGUUGACUCAUGGGACCAUCCAGUCAGAAUGACAGGCAGUUGACUGAUGGGACCAUCCAGUCAGAAUGACAGGCAGUUGACUGAUGGGACCAUCCAGUCAGAAUGACAGGCAGUUGACUGAUGGGACCAUCCAGGCAGAAUGACAGGCAGUUGACUCAUGGGACCAUCCAGGCAGAAUGACAGGCAGUUGACUGAUGGGACCAUCCAGUCAGAAUGACAGGUAGAGUUGACUCAUGGGACCAUCCAGUCAGAAUGACAGGCAGUUGACUGAUGGGACCAUCCAGUCAGAAUGACAGGCAGUUGACUGAUGGGACCAUCCAGGCAGAAUGACAGGCAGUUGACUGAUGGGACCAUCCAGGCAGAAUGACAGGCAGUUGACUGAUGGGACCAUCCAGGCAGAAUGACAGGCAGUUGACUGAUGGGACCAUCCAGGCAGAAUGACAGGCAGUUGACUGAUGGGACCAUCCAGGCAGAAUGACAGGCAGUUGACUCAUGGGACCAUCCAGGCAGAAUGACAGGCAGUUGACUGAUGGGACCAUCCAGUCAGAAUGACAGGUAGAGUUGACUCAUGGGACCAUCCAGUCAGAAUGACAGGCAGUUGACUGAUGGGACCAUCCAGUCAGAAUGACAGGCAGUUGACUGAUGGGACCAUCCAGUCAGAAUGACAGGCAGUUGACUGAUGGGACAAUCCAGGCAGAAUGACAGGCAGUUGACUGAUGGGACCAUCCAGGCAGAAUGACAGGCAGUUGACUGAUGGGACCAUCCAGGCAGAAUGACAGGCAGUUGACUGAUGGGACCAUCCAGGCAGAAUGACAGGCAGUUGACUCAUGGGACCAUCCAGUCAGAAUGACAGGCAGUUGACUGAUGGGACCAUCCAGUCAGAAUGACAGGCAGUUGACUGAUGGGACCAUCCAGUCAGAAUGACAGGCAGUUGACUGAUGGGACCAUCCAGGCAGAAUGACAGGCAGUUGACUGAUGGAACCAUCCAGGCAGAAUGACAGGCAGUUGACUGAUGGGACCAUCCAGGCAGAAUGACAGGCAGUUGACCGUUGGGACCAUCCAGUCAGAAUGACAGGCAGUUGACCAUUGGGACCAUCCAGUCAGAAUGACAGGCAGUUGACCGAUGGGACCAUCCAGUCAGAAUGACAGGCAGAGUUGACCGAUGGGACCAUCCAGUCAGAAUGACAGGCAGAGUUGACCGAUGAGACCAUCCAGUCAGAAUGACGGGCAGAGUUGACCAAUGAGACCAUCUAGUCAGAAUGACAGGCAGUUGACCGAUGGGACCAUCCAGUCAGAAUGACAGGCAGUUGACCGAUGGGACCAUCCAGUCAGAAUGACAGGAAGUUGACUGAUGGGACCAGAAUGUCAGAAUGACAGGCAGAGUUGACCAAUGAGACCAUCCAGUCAGAAUGACAGGCAGUUGACCGAUGGGACCAUCCAGUCAGAAUGACAGGAAGUUGACUGAUGGGACCAUCCAGUCAGAAUGACAGGCAGAGUUGACCAAUGAGACCAUCCAGUCAGAAUGACAGGCAGUUGACCGAUGAGACCAUCCAGUCAGAAUGACAGGCAGAGUUGACCAAUGAGACCAUCCAGUCAGAAUGACAGGCAGUUGACCGAUGGGACCAUCCAGUCAGAAUGACAGACAGUUGACCGAUGGGACCAUCCAGUCAGAAUGACAGGCAGUUGACCGAUGGGACCAUCCAGUCAGAAUGACAGGCAGUUGACCGAUGGGACCAUCCAGUCAGAAUGACAGGCAGUUGACCGAUGGGACCAUCCAGUCAGAAUGACAGGCAGUUGACUGAUGGGACCAUCCAGUCAGAAUGACAGGCAGUUGACUGAUGGGACCAUCCAGUCAGAAUGACAGGCAGUUGACUGAUGGGACCAUCCAGUCAGAAUGAUAGGCAGAGUUGACCGAUGGGACCAUCCAGUCAGAAUGACAGGCAGAGUUGACCGAUGGGACCAUCCAGUCAGAAUGACAGGCAGAGUUGACCGAUGAGACCAUCCAGUCAGAAUGACGGGCAGAGUUGACCAAUGAGACCAUCUAGUCAGAAUGACAGGCAGUUGACCGAUGGGACCAUCCAGUCAGAAUGACAGGCAGUUGACCGAUGGGACCAUCCAGUCAGAAUGACAGGCAGUUGACUGAUGGGACCAGAAUGUCAGAAUGACAGGCAGUUGACUGAUGGGACCAUCCAGGCAGAAUGACAGGCAGUUGACUGAUGGGACCAUCCAGGCAGAAUGACAGGCAGUUGACUGAUGGGACCAUCCAGGCAGAAUGACAGGCAGUUGACUGAUGGGACCAUCCAGGCAGAAUGACAGGCAGUUGACUCAUGGGACCAUCCAGUCAGAAUGACAGGCAGUUGACUGAUGGGACCAUCCAGUCAGAAUGACAGGCAGUUGACUGAUGGGACCAUCCAGUCAGAAUGACAGGCAGUUGACUGAUGGGACCAUCCAGGCAGAAUGACAGGCAGUUGACUGAUGGAACCAUCCAGGCAGAAUGACAGGCAGUUGACUGAUGGGACCAUCCAGGCAGAAUGACAGGCAGUUGACCGUUGGGACCAUCCAGUCAGAAUGACAGGCAGUUGGCCAUUGGGACCAUCCAGUCAGAAUGACAGGCAGUUGACCGAUGGGACCAUCCAGUCAGAAUGACAGGCAGAGUUGACCGAUGGGACCAUCCAGUCAGAAUGACAGGCAGAGUUGACCGAUGAGACCAUCCAGUCAGAAUGACGGGCAGAGUUGACCAAUGAGACCAUCUAGUCAGAAUGACAGGCAGUUGACCGAUGGGACCAUCCAGUCAGAAUGACAGGCAGUUGACCGAUGGGACCAUCCAGUCAGAAUGACAGGAAGUUGACUGAUGGGACCAGAAUGUCAGAAUGACAGGCAGAGUUGACCAAUGAGACCAUCCAGUCAGAAUGACAGGCAGUUGACCGAUGGGACCAUCCAGUCAGAAUGACAGGAAGUUGACUGAUGGGACCAUCCAGUCAGAAUGACAGGCAGAGUUGACCAAUGAGACCAUCCAGUCAGAAUGACAGGCAGUUGACCGAUGAGACCAUCCAGUCAGAAUGACAGGCAGAGUUGACCAAUGAGACCAUCCAGUCGGAAUGACAGGCAGUUGACCGAUGGGACCAUCCAGUCAGAAUGACAGACAGUUGACCGAUGGGACCAUCCAGUCAGAAUGACAGGCAGUUGACCGAUGGGACCAUCCAGUCAGAAUGACAGGCAGUUGACCGAUGGGACCAUCCAGUCAGAAUGACAGGCAGUUGACCGAUGGGACCAUCCAGUCAGAAUGACAGGCAGUUGACUGAUGGGACCAUCCAGGCAGAAUGACAGGCAGUUGACUGAUGGAACCAUCCAGGCAGAAUGACAGGCAGUUGACUGAUGGGACCAUCCAGGCAGAAUGACAGGCAGUUGACCAUUGGGACCAUCCAGUCAGAAUGACAGGCAGUUGACCAUUGGGACCAUCCAGUCAGAAUGACAGGCAGUUGACCGAUGGGACCAUCCAGUCAGAAUGACAGGCAGAGUUGACCGAUGGGACCAUCCAGUCAGAAUGACAGGCAGAGUUGACCGAUGAGACCAUCCAGUCAGAAUGACGGGCAGAGUUGACCAAUGAGACCAUCUAGUCAGAAUGACAGGCAGUUGACCGAUGGGACCAUCCAGUCAGAAUGACAGGCAGUUGACCGAUGGGACCAUCCAGUCAGAAUGACAGGAAGUUGACUGAUGGGACCAGAAUGUCAGAAUGACAGGCAGAGUUGACCAAUGAGACCAUCCAGUCAGAAUGACAGGCAGUUGACCGAUGGGACCAUCCAGUCAGAAUGACAGGAAGUUGACUGAUGGGACCAUCCAGUCAGAAUGACAGGCAGAGUUGACCAAUGAGACCAUCCAGUCAGAAUGACAGGCAGUUGACUGAUGGGACCAUCCAGUCAGAAUGACAGGCAGUUGACUGAUGGGACCAUCCAGUCAGAAUGACAGGCAGUUGACUGAUGGGACCAUCCAGUCAGAAUGAUAGGCAGAGUUGACCGAUGGGACCAUCCAGUCAGAAUGACAGGCAGAGUUGACCGAUGAGACCAUCCAGUCAGAAUGACGGGCAGAGUUGACCAAUGAGACCAUCUAGUCAGAAUGACAGGCAGUUGACCGAUGGGACCAUCCAGUCAGAAUGACAGGCAGUUGACCGAUGGGACCAUCCAGUCAGAAUGACAGGCAGUUGACUGAUGGGACCAGAAUGUCAGAAUGACAGGCAGUUGACUGAUGGGACCAUCCAGUCAGAAUGACAGGCAGAGUUGACCAAUGAGACCAUCCAGUCAGAAUGACAGGCAGUUGACCGAUGAGACCAUCCAGUCAGAAUGACAGGCAGAGUUGACCAAUGAGACCAUCCAGUCAGAAUGACAGGCAGUUGACCGAUGGGACCAUCCAGUCAGAAUGACAGGCAGUUGACAGAUGGGACCAUCCAGUCAGAAUGACAGGCAGUUGACCGAUGGGACCAUCCAGUCAGAAUGACAGGCAGUUGACCGAUGGGACCAUCCAGUCAGAAUGACAGGCAGUUGACCGAUGGGACCAUCCAGUCAGAAUGACAGGCAGUUGACUGAUGGGACCAUCCAGUCAGAAUGACAGGCAGUUGACUGAUGGGACCAUCCAGUCAGAAUGACAGGCAGUUGACUGAUGGGACCAUCCAGUCAGAAUGACAGGCAGUUGACUGAUGGGACCAUCCAGUCAGAAUGACAGGCAGUUGUCCGAUGGGACCAUCCAGUCAGAAUGACAGGCAGUUGACCGUUGGGACCAUCCAGUCAGAAUGACAGGCAGUUGACCGAUGGGACCAUCCAGUCAGAAUGACAGGCAGUUGACCGAUGGGACCAUCCAGUCAGAAUGACAGGCAGUUGACUAUUGGGACCAUCCAGUCAGAAUGACAGGCAGUUGACUGAUGGGACCCUCCAGUCGGAAUGACAGGCAGUUGUCCGAUGGGACCAUCCAGUCAGAAUGACAGGCAGUUGACCGUUGGGACCAUCCAGUCAGAAUGACAGGCAGUUGACUCAUGGGACCAUCCAGUCAGAAUGACAGGCAGUUGACUGAUGGGACCAUCCAGUCAGAAUGACAGGCAGUUGACUGAUGGGACCAUCCAGUCAGAAUGACAGGCAGUUGACUGAUGGGACCAUCCAGGCAGAAUGACAGGCAGUUGACUCAUGGGACCAUCCAGGCAGAAUGACAGGCAGUUGACUGAUGGGACCAUCCAGUCAGAAUGACAGGUAGAGUUGACUCAUGGGACCAUCCAGUCAGAAUGACAGGCAGUUGACUGAUGGGACCAUCCAGUCAGAAUGACAGGCAGUUGACUGAUGGGACCAUCCAGUCAGAAUGACAGGCAGUUGACUGAUGGGACCAUCCAGGCAGAAUGACAGGCAGUUGACUGAUGGGACCAUCCAGGCAGAAUGACAGGCAGUUGACUGAUGGGACCAUCCAGGCAGAAUGACAGGCAGUUGACUGAUGGGACCAUCCAGGCAGAAUGACAGGCAGUUGACUGAUGGGACCAUCCAGGCAGAAUGACAGGCAGUUGACUCAUGGGACCAUCCAGGCAGAAUGACAGGCAGUUGACUGAUGGGACCAUCCAGUCAGAAUGACAGGCAGUUGACUGAUGGGACCAUCCAGUCAGAAUGACAGGCAGUUGACUGAUGGGACCAUCCAGGCAGAAUGACAGGCAGUUGACUGAUGGGACCAUCCAGGCAGAAUGACAGGCAGUUGACUGAUGGGACCAUCCAGGCAGAAUGACAGGCAGUUGACUGAUGGGACCAUCCAGGCAGAAUGACAGGCAGUUGACUCAUGGGACCAUCCAGUCAGAAUGACAGGCAGUUGACUGAUGGGACCAUCCAGUCAGAAUGACAGGCAGUUGACUGAUGGGACCAUCCAGUCAGAAUGACAGGCAGUUGACUGAUGGGACCAUCCAGGCAGAAUGACAGGCAGUUGACUGAUGGAACCAUCCAGGCAGAAUGACAGGCAGUUGACUGAUGGGACCAUCCAGGCAGAAUGACAGGCAGUUGACUCAUGGGACCAUCCAGUCAGAAUGACAGGCAGUUGACUGAUGGGACCAUCCUGUCAGAAUGACAGGCAGUUGACUGAUGGGACCAUCCAGUCAGAAUGACAGGCAGUUGACUGAUGGGACCAUCCAGGCAGAAUGACAGGCAGUUGACUGAUGGGACCAUCCAGGCAGAAUGACAGGCAGUUGACUGAUGGGACCAUCCAGGCAGAAUGACAGGCAGUUGACUGAUGGGACCAUCCAGGCAGAAUGACAGGCAGUUGACUGAUGGGACCAUCCAGGCAGAAUGACAGGCAGUUGACUGAUGGGACCAUCCAGGCAGAAUGUAGCGUUGCCAUAUUAAAGCGAUGCCAGAGAGAAACCAUCCAUCAAACCAGAGACGUAUUCAUGAGGUUCCUUCCCCCUAAAGUCUGUCCCAACCUUAAAAAGCUGACAGUUUUGCCAUUCUCUUUAUUUAUGUAUUUUUCUAAUGCUUUAUUUAUCUCUAUAUUUAUUUAUGUAUUUGGAAUAUUUAUUUCUAUGUUCAUUUAUUCAUGCUUUAUUUUGUUUUUUUCAAGAUCUCUGUACAUAGCUGAGCUGUGCAAUGCGAAUGCUGAAGUAAGCCCAUUUAAAUGUGCAGUACAUUUAGGCAAGUAGAUGGAUUCCCCAGCGUCCACUUCAGGGUGACAUUUGGUAAGGGCCUGGGUGUCCCACUUCGUCCUAAAGAGUCCUAAAGGGCACAUUCAGUUUAGUUGUGGCUCUUGGGGGAGAAAGGGAAGGGUUGAGAGCCAGGAUAGAAUUAAGAAUAUAUUCGUUUUUUCCUCCAUUUCUUCUUGGUAGAAGAAUCUCUCUUAGUUCAGACUCAGAUAGGAGGCCCAGGUGUUCUACAGGAGGCAUGUGUGCAAUACUGUGCUGGUGUGUCUGACUUGGUUUAACAUUGGAAACGGCCUGGUUGGGUAGUGUUACUAUAUGCCUACCACUGGACGGCUGUGUAUGUCUGUGUUUACAGAAGGAUCUGAUAAUUAUGCAUAUUUUCUUUUGCUUGUUACUGGAAAUAUUAAUUAAACAUUGGCCUUGCAGCUCAUAGUUAAUUCAAUAGGAGUAUUAACCAGUUAGCAAUGGACAAUUGAAUGUAUGUUGACUAGAAGGAAUAAAGAAAGUAAAUUAAUGGCCUACACUGACCGCCAUCAUUAUCAUCACCACCUACACCUUUAUUGAUGUGAUCUUCAUAGUUUAUCUUUAGCUGGUAACCUCACAGGGACAGACACUGUGCACGGACAUACUCACCAGGAGGGGAAGAACCUGCAUCACCAUCUCCUGUGUAGGCUCUCUCUCUCUCUCUCUUCCCUCACCUCUCUCUCUCUCUCUUCCCUCACCUCUCUCUCUCUCUCUUCCCUCACCUCUCUCUCUCUCUCUUCCCUCACCUCUCUCUCUCUCUCUUCCCUCACCUCUCUCUCUCUCUUCCCUCACCUCUCUCACUCCAUCCCAUCCACCAGUGGGCUCCCUUUUAGCCCAGCAUUAAUCCCAGAGUUUUGUUUGGAGUUAAUUUGUUUGUCUUAAGCUUUGUUUACACCAGAUUGAUAUCUCAAUAAACAGUGGAGCCGUACUGUAUUGUGGUAAUGCUAGUGAUUAUACAGCAGAAAGCACUGUAGGACCCAGAGACCUGCUCAAUGGGAGUUUCACCCCCAUCUAAAUCCCUAUGUUACCUCUGAUUAGGAUAAUAACACUGGCUAAUCAUUUACUGUGCUGAGACCACAGAGGGAGAGACCUCUCUCUCUCUCUCACCCACUUCCAUCCCACUACUCCCUGCCCGUGCAUCUGGCCCCUACCUCCAUGUGUGCAGGCAGGUGGAUUGAAGGUUCUUAUAGGAUAGAGUUGGAGUCAGUCUGUCCCUUCAGUCUGCGGCCCCUGCAGCUCUACCCCAGUAGAACAGUCAUCUCUCAGUGUUCCAAUAGACAGCGGAGGACACUGUGAUCUGACAGUAACGUUGCCCUGCUGCUGACCUCCUCAGAUGGACUGUUUCUCUCCCAGGUUUGUGAUGCCCAUAUCCUGUGACCUCUGCGUUAGUGUGAAAACAUGUCAGUGGUUCCUCUGCAGCGGAGCGGAGGAGAGGAGGAGCACUGGGUCAUGUAGUCUAUUCCCAGGGAACUGCCAUAAAGGAAGCGGUGUCAGGACAUGUGAUGUCACAGUUAGCCGGGGACAGAGUGUGUGGGGGGAUGAGUGUCAGUGUGCCUCUGUGUUCGUGCAAGGUUAUACAGGAGGCAGAGAUAAGGAUGUGAUGUAUUGUUCUAGAUGCCUUACUGUUGCCGUGGUGAGGAGUCAGGAGGUUCCAGUUCAUCAACUAGCCAGGCGCAUUAGAUCAACUCCACUGGCCUCACAGACCCAUUGUAACAGUAACACAGAGGUCUCUGUCUGUGUAGUGAAAUUAUUGAGAUAUAAUAGGAAUCAACUGCCACAUCUACUGGACAAGGGAGAUUUUCAGAGUGAUAAGGAAUGUAACAGGCUUUCCUCUAUGAAAUUAGUACUAUUUUGUUAUUGGUCUCUUGUUGCGUGUCCACAUGACUAUAUACAGUACAUAUAUCAUAGUUUUAACAAUAUGUAGGAGUAUGAUUACACAAAUGCAGUGACAAGGAUUGUGCUGUUUAUUUUUGUGUUGGGUAACUGUCCGUCCAUGGAGCUGAGUUAUGGCUCAAAGCGGCGGCCAUACACAGGGUGGGACUACAACAGAUGGAUUUCUGGGUAGGGUAGUCUGGGUACUCUACACCCGGAACCUCUGGUCCAAAAUCAAAAAACACACACACACAUACUACACGCAUAGUAACACACAUACAUGUCCAGUCAGGUUAGGUAGUUUAAACUACUGUGUACAGUGAAGUGGCGCUAGAGAUCAUAAAAGAUCAUAAGGGAUUUACCGUUUACAUGUUCAAAGUCGAUCCACGUAACCGUAGGAGCUAGGAGCAGGCUGACGUUGACCUAUUCAUUUUUGUAGGCAUGUUUUUCUAUUUCUGAAUACACAUCCCAGUACUCUGGCUCCUCUGACUGUGUGACUCUGAUCUGAACUGUGUCUGAAACUCUGCAUGUGUGGAUGACUAACGCUAUGGGACACUGAUGGACCAUCUCUGUGGUGAGCAGCUCCAUGGGACACACAUACUCCCCACGAGGCUGACUGGUCACUGUAGGCUAGAGAUGCUGGUCUAAGUGGCCAGCCACCUAUCGAGGUCUAUUGAUGAGUGUUCUGCAUGGCUGUAAGUGUACAAGGGCAGGGUCUGGGAAAUGUGCAUGAGAUGUUCUGGGCUCUAUACAGUAGGAGGGGCUGUGAUGCUGUUAGUAGCAGGUCAGUAUGUUCAUUGGUCAGACCCAGCCAGACAGUAUUAGACAUUAGGAAUGACCAGACAGGUAGACAGUCUAAGGCAGAGAAGUGUUGGUAAGAGAUGAGUGACGACUGGUAGAACUGUUGCUGGGUGUAUGGAUGGAAGGGCUCAGUUUGGGAGGUUCAUCAUCAGUAGGACCUUUGAGAACUGAGUACUGAUCGUGUGCCAUUGGGGUGAUGACAAUGUGUACAUCUCCAUUUAGAGUACUUCUCUUAGAUUUGACGAUGAUGGGUUUUUCUCCAUUCAUUUAUUCUGUACUUCUGAAUCCUUUCUAAAGAGAAGUUGAUGUAAAACCUUGAUUCAGUUUUGUUCUUUUUUUAUUUGAGGACUGAUGUGUGAUUAUUUUCUCACGUCAUUGCUUUGACAGCUGUCUGUCUAUCUGGGCCAAAGGGGGUGGUGGUUUUCUGUGAGUGUUUGCGUCAUCGCAGGUCAACGCGACCCUGUAUCAGCACAUAUUAAUAAAAAACUAUUUAAAAUCGAA